GCUGCUAACGAGAAUUCGGCCAUCGGGCGUCCGUCCUGUACAUGGUGUUUAGUCCUUUGCUAUAAGGGUUUAGCACAUACAUUUGUAGGUGUAUGUUUUCCCAACAACAACCAGGGCGAGCGGUUCUGCAGUCUGCCAGCUUGAAUUUUGGAUGUGCGUGGCUGAGCGGCCAUGGUGUUGUUGCAAAGAUCACUAGUGUCGUCUUCAACAGAAAUUUGGUGUUUGACGGGAAUUUGCGAAGGAGAACGUGCAUUGUCCAUGACCCCGUCUGUUUGUCGGACAAAGCGGCUCGGCCGACCUGUCGUUCACUUCCUUUCACAUCUGGCAGUUCGUUAACAAUCAACCCAGAUCAUGGAUCUGCAGAUCACCUAAAAGAAUGGUAUGAAUCUGUUGAAUUCCAACGACAUCACCUUCAAUCCAUUACCAGCCAGCAGACAUACAUUAAUACACCCACAAAACUAUUGAGUCAAAUCAAAGAUGAAAAUCUUGGCCAUGGAGACAAGUCGGACUAUUUCAAUGUGCAAGCAACUGUACUGUUUUUCAAGAAAGAUAAUGCUCUUUACAAAAUAUAGCUUGCCCACUGGAAGCUAGACCAGAAUUUCAAAGUGGUUGACAUAGGGAAUGGACAAUACCGGUGUGAGAAACUCGACACAACAUUUGAUUCAUUUAAAUGGCAAUAUUGCUUGCAGAGACAAUUGCAGCUAGUUCUCUCACAACCACAGAAGUGGAUGAUGCAGCUCUGCAUUUUCUUUUCAACAAAGGCUAGAAAGACAUCAAUCAUGAAGUCUCUGAAUUUCUGUUAACAAUGACGAAAAACCACAAACCAUGUCUAGACUGUUGUCAUCUUUAUUCUCCUAAAACAAUUAACACAUCAUUAACUUAAUACAAUUAAUUAACCGGACAGGUUGUCAA